CAAGUCGGCGCCGUUCACACAUGAGCCGACAGAUCUCUUCUUUUCCGACACGCGCGCGAUUGUGAUAGCGACCGGCAAUUGCUGAUAUAAUUCGAUUGGUAAUUGUCUCGUCUCGACUGACUCGAUCUGUGACAUCCACUACAACGAAAUUAUUAAUUCCUCUUCGACUUUUUUGUGAUUAGUGAACGUCGAUUGAAAAAAAAAACCGCGCGAAACCUCGAAGAAUGCGAACCGAGGAGAGAUGCGCCAACAAGCGAAAAAAGGUUUUUCCGGCUGAAGAACACUGCUCUUGUGAUAAACGGGAGGAAAUUUGUGAUUAAUUUGUGAUAGGGGUACCAAAUGCAACGAUGUCGUCACCUGGUGCUUCAAUUUCGAAAAUAUUCCGCACGAGCAUGUGGAAUAAAAAGGCGCGCGCGAUAGUUUUGCUAGUUCUAGUCCUUCCGGUUGCGGUCUGCGAAAAAGGGCCGUCGCCGACGAGGUCGAAUAGUAUAAGUAAAUUGAGAGACAAUUCCAAAAUUGAAGACUUCACGUCUUCGCCGAAAAUCGGCUGUGGUGCGUGCAAAGUGCGAGAGGAGAUCAAACGGAGAAGCCUGGAGGUGAUCAAGGUGAACCUACUCAAAAAGAUGGGCUUCCAGACGGCGCCCAACGUCACCGGGCGAGUUCUACCCCAAGUCCCGUCCCACAUCCUCGCGAUGGUCGAGCAGGGCUACACGCAGGGGAUACAAAGCGACGAGCCCCAAUUCGCCGGCGGAUCUUCCGACGUCCAAGACGAGGACGACUUCCACGCGAAGCCCGAGAGGUUUCUUAGUUAUGCACAACCAUAUCCAAGACUGAGGCAUAGUUGGCGGGGGCACGAUAUCUUACACUUUACCUUCUCGGAUAACCUCCUCAAGUACUACGUGGGCAACGCGACCCUUUACGUGUACGUUAAGGGCGUCGAGCGGAGGCCGCUGCCGAGCUUUUACGUGGAAGUUUUUAAGGUGUACAAAGGUCCCGACCAUUCCGACACUCCGGGCAUGGUGAAGAUCGCGUCGAGAAGGGUGACGCAACCCUUGGGCCGCGGGGAGUGGGUCAAAAUUGACGUUACCGUCAUGGUAUCGGAGUGGUUUAAAAGUCCGAGAGACAAUUACGGUUUUAUACUUAACGGUACAGUUAACGGUCGAAAAGUUAUUGUGACUGAUAGUUCGCACGAUGGUGCAAGUAAGGUGCCAUUCGCGGAAAUAACGACGACCGGCGCGAAGCGAAGGGCCAGAAGGAACAUGGCGCUAUUCUGUGACGACAAAAUGAACGAGCCGCUGUGCUGCCGCUACCCUUUGACUGUCAACUUCUACGAGCUCGGCAUGGAGUUCGUGAUCGCCCCCAAGAGCUACGAGGCGAACUACUGCGCGGGCGAGUGUCCCCCCGUCACGCUGCAGGACUACCCUCACACCCAUCUCCGGCAAAUGGCGUCGCCGAACAGUAUUGCGCCCUGCUGCACGCCGCGGAAAGUGAGCGCCAUCUCGAUGCUUUACUAUGACAAUUACGACAAUGUUAUUUACGGAAGCCUCUCGGGGAUGGUUGUGGACAGAUGUGGCUGUUUGUAAACGGCGACCAAAAACUUGAAACUGUGUAAAAUAAUGUGAUAUAAUUUUUAGAUGUAUAAUAUUUAUUUUUUUGUAAAUCUCGAUAAGGUUAAUCAUAAGCGCGCGGAUAUAUUUUCGAUAAUUUUUUAGUGAUUCGACUAGUGAUAACAAAAUUAUGCCCCCCCCCCCUUAGUGUUGUAGUUUACUUAAAGAGAAACGCGUGAUAAUAUUGAGACAUGGCCUUAGAAAUAAUUAAAUUUGACACAUUCUUCAUGUGAUAAAAUUCUGCGACUGUCCCGAGCCGAACACCUCUCCCGACGUUCGGCGAAAGUGUUCGGCUCAAAAAUGGCGACCAUAUUGUAUUAAAUAAUUUGUACAUACCGCAGACUAUUGUCUGUAGAUCUCUCGAGGGAGAAUUCCGUCUUUGCAUUUUUUUGUGUAAAUAUAGUUUUAGGACGAAAAAUACGGAGUGGUAUUAUUUAUAAAGUUUGUAUGAUAAUUAGAAAUAUUUGUAAAUUUUGCCAUAGCUCUCGCUUUUUGUAAUUGUGUACCUUUGUAUGAUAGUAACACAUACGCACUCAAUUUCGAAACAAAAAACCGUAGAAUUCAAGCAGUCCUUGGUUUCUUAUUAACAUAAAAUCUAUGUAGGCGUAGAUGAUAUCACAAUCAAUUGUUUAUGUAUGUAAAUUACUAUGACCAUUUCUCAAAAUAAAAAUGCACCUAAAUUUAA